GGUGUACGCGAGUUUCCGAUCGACGUGAACGGCGGUGGCGUAGUGCCAGUGUGACUGUGAAGAACAACAGACUCCACCCUUUUUUCACGCACCUCCUCUCUAGGCAAACGUGUAAUCAAUCAUGGCGGCUGCGGCGAUGACGUACGGCGUCGGUGUCGCCCAGAACAACGCUGAUCUUGGUGGUGGAGGAGGAAUGAAUGACGAAGAAUAUGAUGAGAACUCCUCAGCACGACUCUUUGAACGAAGUCGUAUCAAAGCUCUUGCGGAGGAGCGUGAGCACGUACAGAAGAAGACAUUUACAAAAUGGGUAAACUCUCAUCUAGUGAGGGUUAGCUGCAAAAUUCAAGAUCUCUAUAUGGAUAUGCGAGAUGGAAAGAUGCUGUUGAAGCUUUUGGAAGUCUUAUCCGGGGAGCGCCUGCCGAAGCCUACCCGCGGUAAGAUGCGGAUCCAUUGUCUGGAAAAUGUCGACAAAGGAUUGCAGUUUCUCAAAGAUCAGCAUGUACAUUUGGAAAACCUCGGUAGUCAUGACAUUGUCGACGGAAAUCCACGCCUCACUCUCGGUCUUAUUUGGACCAUUAUUCUUAGGUUCCAGAUCCAAGAUAUCACCUUUGAAGACGCCGAUAACCACGAAACGCGUUCCGCUAAGGAAGCGUUACUACUUUGGUGCCAGAUGAAGACCGCUGGCUAUCCGAAUGUGAAUGUUAGGAACUUCACAACAAGCUGGCGUGAUGGCCUUGCUUUCAACGCCCUUAUCCACAAACAUCGUCCAGAUCUCAUAGACUACGAUAAUUUGCAAAAGUCGAACGCUAUCUACAACCUUCAAAAUGCUUUUGAUACUGCUGAACAACAGCUUGGACUGCCGAAAUUCCUGGACGCGGAAGAUGUCAAUGUACGCGAUCCCGAUGAGAAGUCCAUCAUCACCUAUGUGGUCACCUACUACCAUUACUUCAAUAAAAUGAAGCAGGAGACUAUCCAGGGAAAACGUAUUGGAAAGGUCAUAAACGAGUUAAUGGAGAACGAGAAAAUGAUCAACAAAUAUGAGACAAUCUCCUCCGAUCUUCUUGAAUGGAUCAAAGAAAAGAUUGAGAAGCUCAACGAUAGGACAUUUGCCAACUCUCUACAGGGAGUGCAGCAACAACUUGCUGAGUUCAAUGAGUAUCGCACGCAAGAGAAACCUCCAAAGUUCGAAGAAAAAGGCGAGCUUGAAGUGCUCCUGUUCACCCUGCAGUCAGCCAUGCGAGCCAACAAUCAACGUCCAUUUGUUCCUCGUGAGGGCAAACUCAUUGGAGACAUAAAUAGAGCUUGGGACACUUUGGAAAAAGCUGAACAUGAACGUGAAUUAGCGCUGAAAGAAGAGUUGAUUCGUCAAGAGAAACUCGAACAAUUGGCUGCUCGAUUCAACCGCAAGGCUGAUAUGAGAGAGACAUGGCUAACUGAGAACCAACGCCUUGUCAGCCAGGAUAACUUCGGAUCUGAUCUUGCCAGUGUUGAGGCUGCAACCAAGAAGCAUGAAGCCAUCGAAACUGACAUUUUCGCAUACGAAGAGCGUGUUCAAGCCGUUGUUGCUGUUGCAGGAGAGCUCGAAGCUGAGAACUUCCAUGGAAUCGAGGAGAUCAACAAUCGGAAAGAGAAUGUGCUCAAGCUGUGGAAUUAUCUCUUCCAGCUCCUUCUUGCUCGUCGUGUUCGUCUUGAACUUUCUAUGGCUAUCCAACGCAUUUUCCAUGACAUGCUUCUUACCCUCGAUCUCAUGGACGACAUCAAGGCGCGUCUUCUUUCCGACGAUCUUGGAGCUCAUCUCAUGGAUGUGGAAGACAUGCUCCAGAAGCACGCCCUGCUGGAAUCCGACAUCAACAUCAUUGGCGAACGAGUGCGGAAUGCUGUGGCGCAGGCUCAGCGCUUCCGCGAUCCAGAAGGACCAGAUGGAAGCGGUUAUCUUCCUGUUGAGCCAGCUGUUGUCGACGAGCGUUCAUCAAUUCUGCAGCAAAGGUACCAAGAGCUCCUUGAUUUGGCUGCACAACGCAAACGCCGUCUUGAAGACAACCGCAGGUUGUGCCAGUUCUGGUGGGAUGUGGCUGAUCUGGAGAACAACAUCAAGGAUCAAGAACAAGUACUCAGCUCAACUGACACCGGAAAAGAUAUCGUUACGGUAUCGCAUCUUCUCGCAAAACACAAAAACGCUGAAAACAAUCUUGGUGAUAUCGAGCGUCAACUGGAAGCUUUGCAAAAGGAUGGAGAUCAGUUGGUGUCUGAGAAUAUUCCUGGAUCGGAUAACAUUCCACCUCGCAUCCAAGAAAUUCGCGAUUACCUGAAGAAAUUGCGUGAUCUUGCCGCUGCCAGGCGUGAGCGUCUCACCGGAGGUGUUGACUAUUACCAGUUCUUCACCCAUGCUGAUGACGUCGAUGCUUACUUGCUUGAUACACUUCGUGUUGUCUCAAGCGACGAUGUCGGCAAAGAUGAAGGUACUGUGCAACUUCUCCUAAGAAAGCACGAUGAUGUCUCCGACGAGCUGCAAACGUUUGACACCCAGAUCAAGCAGCUGUACGCGAAGGCUGAAGCCCUCCCACCUGAUGCUCGUGAGCAUCCGGACAUCCGCGAGCGUUUGGACUCGACCAUUCGACGUAAGGCAGAACUUGAGAAUCUAGCUCAACUCCGAAAGCAACGUCUUAUUGACGCCUUGUCGCUCUACAAGCUCUAUGCCGAUGCUGAUUCGGUUGAAGCUUGGAUUGACGAGAAGGGAAAGCUACUGGCUACUCUUGUUCCUGGCAAAGACCUCGAGGAAGUUGAAAUUAUGAAACAUCGCUUUGAAACUCUCGAGCAAGACAUGAAGAAUCAGGAGGCAAAGGUUGGCACUGUCAACGAACUUGCCCGCCAGCUGCUUCAUGUCGAACAUCCAAAUUCCGACGAAAUCCUUCAACGACAGAAUAAACUCAACGCUCGUUGGGCUCAACUGCGUGAUAUGGUCGACCAAAAGAGAGCUGAGCUUGACCGUGCUCACCGUCUUGAGACCUUCAGAAUCGACUGUCAAGAAACUGUCACCUGGAUCGAGGAUAAGACUCGUGUGCUUGAGGACUCUGAUGCUCUUACCAAUGAUCUCAGUGGAGUUAUGAAACUCCAAAGGAGGCUUUCAAUGAUGGAACGCGAUCUCGGCGCCAUCCAGGCUAAGCUGGAUGCUCUUCAUAAGGAAGCAGAUUCGAUUGAGCGUGAGCGUCCCCAGGAAGCUCAAGCGAUCCGGGAGGAUAUCAAGCGAAUCCAUCAGGUCUGGGAUAUUCUGAACAAGAAAGUACGCGAGCAUGAGGCGAAGUUGGACGAGGCUGGCGAUUUGCAGAGAUUCCUUCGCGAUCUGGAUCACUUCCAGGCCUGGCUUACUGCCACACAGCGGCAGGUUGCUUCCGAAGACGAGCCUCAAUCAUUGGCAGAGGCUGAGCAGCUUCUCAACCAACAUGCAGCUAUUCGUGAAGAGAUUGACGGUUAUGCUGAGGAUUACAAGAAAAUGCGUGCCAUGGGAGACCGUGUCACCCAAGAUCAGACUGAUCCACAGUACAUGUUCCUUCGACAGCGCUUGGCUGGCCUUCAAGAAGGCUGGGAAGAGCUGCAACGAAUGUGGGACAACCGUCAGCAUCUUCUCAGCCAGGGACUCAACCUACAGAUGUUCCUUCGCGAUGCAAAACAAGCAGAGGUCAUGCUUUCUCAACAAGAAAACUAUCUCACUAAGGAUGAACCUCCAAGCAGCUUGGAACAAGCGGAAAAUAUGCUCAAGAGGCAUCAGGACUUCAUGACAACUAUGGAUGCUAAUGAUGAGAAGAUCCGCGCUGUUGGAAUGUUCGGUGAUCAGCUCUGCCAGGAUGGUCAUUACGCAGCCGAUAAGAUUCACAAGAAGGCGCGUAACAUUGAUGAACGUCGUGAGGCAAACCGCGAAAGGGCACAAGCUUUGCUUGCCAAAUUGAAGGAUGCACUCGCUUUGCAGCAGUUCUUGUCUGAUUGCGAAGAAUUGAGAGAAUGGAUUGAGGAGAAGAUGAUUCGCGCUCAGGAUGAGACUUACAGGGAUGCAAAGACCAUAACAUCCAAGUUUGUGCGUCACCAGGCCUUCCAGAGUGAACUACAAGCUAACAAAGAACGACUGGACCAACUCCAACACGCCGCCAUUGAUCUUGGAGCUGAGAAGCCAGAAUUCACUGGCACCAUCGAUCCUCAGAUCACUGAGUUAGCUCAUCAAUGGGAGGAACUUGAAAAGACCACUGAAGAGAAGGGACAGAAGUUGUUCGAUGCCAACCGACAACAGCUUUAUGUACAAAGCAUUGCUGAUAUGAAGGAAUGGGCCAGCCAGCUGGAGAAGGAGAUGACUCGUGAGGACCAACCGGCUGAUCUUACCACGGUUAACGUUGCGAUGCAGAAGCAGCAGAUGAUCGAGACAGAAAUGAUCAAGAAGGCUCACCACAUCGACCAACUCAUGGAGAUGGAGCCACAGUUGGAGGAGAUGCACCCUGAUGAAUUGGAACAUAUCCGUGCUCAUAGACUGGCAGUCCAAGAGCAGCUGCAGAGGUUGCAAGCACCCCUGGAUGACCGAAGACGUCAACUUGAGCGAAAGAAGGCGGCCUUCCAAUUCGGUCGUGAUGUUGAAGAUGAGAAGCUAUGGAUAGCCGAACGUCUUGCUUUAGCUCAGGCUAAGCAACUCGGCGAGAAUCUUUCCGAUUGUCAUAGGCUCCAAAAGAAUGCGCAGCUGCUGACGAACGAGAUUGAAAAUCAUGAACCAUGGAUCGAACGAAUUUGCAGUAAUGGACGUGAAUUGAUUGACGCAGGUCAUGAAAAUUCACCAGCAUUCGAACAAAAGAUUGCCGAACUCCGUGGAGCUUGGCAGAAUUUGAAGGACGCACUGCAAGAUAGAAAAGACAGACUGGCUGAAAGUGAAAAAGCUCAUCAAUUCCUGUACGACUGCGGCGAGGCUGAAGCUUGGAUGAGCGAGCAAGAGCUCUACAUGAUGCAGGAUGAGCGUGGCAAAGAUGAGUUCUCUACUCGCAACCAGAUUAAGAAACACGAACGUCUGCAGUCUGAUAUUGACAAAUUUGCGGAUACCAUUCGAAAUUUGGCAACAAAAGCGCAGAAGUUCGUGGACGAGAAAAGCCCGCUGAGCGAUCAAAUCGUCCUAAGGCAGUCCCAGAUUGAGAAACUUUAUGCUGGUCUACAAGAUCUGUCGAAAGAAAGAAGAAAGAGACUCGAUGAAACUUUGGAGCUCUAUGCGCUCCAUCGCGAAAUUGAUGAUCUCCUUCAAUGGAUUGCAGACAAAGAGGUUGUUGCUGGAAGCCAAGAGAAUGGCCAGGAUUACGAACAUGUGCAAAUGCUCCAAGAGCGAUUCCAGCAAUUUGCAAGAGAUACGGAAAAUAUUGGAUCAGAACGAGUGGCACGUGCAAACGAUGGCUGUGACGCGCUUAUCGCUACUGGCCACACGGAUGCACCAACAAUUGCUCUCUGGAAGGAUAGUCUCAAUGAGGCAUGGGAAAACUUGUUGGAACUAAUCGACACUCGAGCGCAGAUGCUCGAAUCGAGCAGAUUAUUGCACAAGUUCUUCCAUGACUGCCGAGACUGCUUGUCGCGUAUCCUGGAAAAGACGCAUGCUAUGCCUGAAGAUCUUGGUCGUGAUUCGAGCAGUGUCGGAGCCUUGUCAAGAAAACAUCAGAACUUCUUGAAAGACAUUGACGCUAUUGGAGAGCAGGUCGCUCAAAUUGAGCGCGAUGCUGGCGAACUACGUGAAGGUUAUGCUGGAGACAAAGCUUUGGAAAUGGCAGCUCGUGAACAAGAAGUUGUGAAAGCAUGGAGACAUUUGCGAGGAUUGUGUGAUGCACGAACAUCACGAUUAACGGACACUUCUGAUCUGUUCCGAUUCAUGAAUAUGGUUCGUGACCUUCUUCUAUGGAUGGAAGAGGUGAAACGUGAGAUGACUAGCCAAGAACGUCCCAAGGAUGUCAGUGGUGUCGAGUUGUUGAUGAAUAAUCAUCAAAGUUUGAAGGCUGAAAUUGAUGCCCGUGAAGAUAAUUUCAAUGCUUGCAUUUCACUUGGACGAGAUUUGUUAAAUCGCAAACACUAUGCGUCGAGUGAGAUUGAGAAAAAAUUGAUCAAAUUGACUACUGAACGAGCGGAGAUGAUGCGACGAUGGGAAGAUCGAUGGGAAUACCUGCAGCUUAUUCUCGAAGUUUAUCAAUUCGCACGCGAUGCUGCUGUGGCAGAAUCGUGGCUUAUGGCGCAAGAACCAUAUCUCAUAUCGCGUGAAUAUGGUCGAAGCUUAGAAGAAACGAUAGCAUUGAUCAAACGUCACGAAGCGUUUGAGAAAUCGGCUGCUGCUCAAGAAGAACGGUUCCUAGCGUUGGAGAAACUAACCACGUUUGAGCUGAAAGAGAUGCAACGGCAAGAAGAGGAGGCAGCGCGAAGGCGUGGCCAUCCUGGAAGUCCGUCGCGGUCUCAGCCACCCGAGGCAUUUGGCUCGGAUCCUGAUGAUUUCAAUAUGACGUUGAGCAGUGUUGACAGCGGAGGACAGCCACGAUCCAGUACCUUGGAACGUAGCCGUUUAUCUACCGGUGAAAGCAGCGGCUGGCGCAUGUCUCUAGCUCGUGCGCCAAAAUUCGACUCACGUGAUCCUCGUGGCGCGAAAGCAGGAGAUGCGUUCGAGGGCACGUUGAUACGAAAACACACCUACGAAUCCUUGGAUCGGAAGGCAUCGAAUCGAUCCUGGGAGAAAUUGUUAGCUGUAUUGCGUAACAAUGAGCUUACCUUCUACAAGGAUUCGAAACACAAGGAAGAAGGGCAAUCAUUCCAUAACGAGCCAGCGGUUAGCUUACCGGGUUGCUCGGUAAAUGUUGCCCAAGACUAUCAAAAGAAAAAGAAUGUGUUGUCGCUUCGUAUGCCCAUAGGAGCGGAGUACCUUCUUCAAUGUGCUAGCGAGGAAGACUGCCAACGAUGGCUCACCGAACUGCAAAUAGCAACCGGUCAGACACAAUUGGAAGAAGGAUCUCGGUCACAAACACUGCCUGAAGGUGCCCAAGCAAAGGCGAAGAAGAGCGGAUUCUUUUCACGAAGCAAAAAGUAGUUUUGCGACUCGCGCGUGGAUUCGUUCCUCUAUCUAGUCCCCUGUUGCAUGGUAUAUUGUGAGCUUGAGUGCCUCAAGUUCUUCGCGGGUUCAUCGCCUUAUUCGACAAAGGUGACGAGUCGCCCGUUGACACUUGCGAUCACACAGAGCGCACAAUCUUGUUACUUUCCAAAACCUUCGUUCUUUGCUGUUACGGUUCCGCAUGCACCUACUCUAUUUAGGCAUUGUUUUGAAAAGGACGCACGAUUGCUGUCUCCUGAAAAAUUCACACUUUUUCAUGUUUCUAUACUGAUCUGUGCAUUCUGGCGCACUUACGCGCAGCAUAAGCAUACUAUAGAUGAGUUGAAGUGUGUUAGCCACCCCUGGCGACGGGACCUAGCGAAUACAGUCAUCAAUCGCAUAUUUGUUGUAUACCCCUCUAUCUGCUCGCAGCUUUCGCUCCUAGAGUCGCUCCUGAACUCCUUACUGGUCUCGGUUAAGCGGCAGCUAAUACGUUUCAUUUCGGUAGUUGUUAGUGGUUGUCGAGCUAUUCUGGACGAGUUUUGUUGCGAAUGGGAUUUCCCAUUUCUCCCCAAGCGACCCCAGAUGCUCUCCUCUACAAUAUUUUCUUUUCCAAAUCUAGCGUUCCUUUUGUUUGUUAUGCAUCGAUGUGGCUUGUCUCUGACCGAAUCCCACCCACUCUAUCGCUGACGUCGUUUUGCCCCUAUCCAAAAGAAGUGAAUCACGGAUUGCGAGUGCAGUGUGUGCGUUCUGCAUAUCGGCGUCCGUAACGUUUCGUUUUUUCCUCUUUUUUUUCCGCAAAAAUUUGUUUCUCUAUCUUUUCCACACCGUUCACCACAUACCUAUAGAUCACUAACCUGCACAGACAGCAAGAAGUGAAUUGAACGUUGGAAAAAGCAUCGCGCGCGUGAUGUCGAUAUAGCAGAGCCCCACUAGCGAAUUCGGUCGUAACCCGCAAACCAUACAUACAUACGUAAAUACACACCACACAACACACUUUCUUCAAGCCGUAUCUCAUCAUACACUGCCUGCUCUCGUUCAUCGUUUCUCGCUACCACGACUCUGAACUCAGCACCAUACGUUACGUACACAUCCACACAUCAUCCAUUUUUGUCUCGUUCUGUUUUUUGUAUGGGGGAAAGAGCGCUACCGCUCGUCGGGCCUCUGAGAAUUUUUAGAAUAAAAUUCGCUAGCUGGACCCCUCUGCUUGUCUCAUCUCAUUCUCGUAUGUUUGUUAUAUGUUUUGUAUGAAGCGAUUCGUGAGCCCUGUAAAUGUUCUCUCCUUUCCUGUUCUCCUACUCUAUGUUCUUAAUUUUUGCGAGUUGAUACGAUCACAUGCAGUCGGAUCGAGAGCUUUGUUUGUGCGCCACACACAAUGUUAGAGCUUUUUUUUACAUUCGUCGAGCCUCCAGGUGAUCUGGUGAUUGCAAUAUCCGUACUUCGCCAGCUCAUCUUGCUCUCAGCUUAAUGUGUUCACAUAAAUUUUAUCAUAUGGUUACGAUAAAGUCUAAUUAUUAAUAUUUUGUUAUUGUAUC